AUGAAUUUCUUUAAAUAACAUUAAUCACAAGAAACAUUAGAAAAAAAUUGCAAAAUCCAUAAUCUUGAUUUCAUUGGGUUGACUUAGACACAUCCGAUAAAGCACAGAUUUAAUUCUUUUGUGAUAAAUGCUUAGUUGAUAAAAUUAAUAAUCCUAAAUUGACUUCUAUAGAAUAAUCAAAAGAGAGAAUCUCAUAAUUCAAAGCUUAAUAACUAGAAAUAAUGACAAGAGAGAAUUAAGUAAGACUCAAUUAUUUUAAAAAAUAUUUAAACCAGAUCUCUAAUUUCAAAAAAUCAUUAGAUAACUAUCUGGAAAAGAUGUAAUAUAAAUAUAAAAAUAUAUAUCUCAUAUUUAAAAAGAGGAAUAGGAAUUAUAAGAUUAUGAAUCGGAAUUGAAUUACUUAGAAGAUAUAAAAAUCUAACAGAAUUAUAUUCUUCGGAUUUAAAAAAAUCAAAGAAAAUAGAGGAGGAUUAUAAUUUCAUUGAAGAAAUUCAAAAAUAAUAUGAACUAUGGUAAAUAAAUCUGAAUACUUUUAGACCAUAGAUACUCUUACAACUACUAAAGAAACAAUAAAAGAUAUUAUGGAAAACAAUAGAGUUGA